AUGGCAUCAAGUGACACCAUCGUGGACGAGAUGCGCCAUGCUGCCAUAAAGACCUAUACACAUAUCUUCGACCGCUUUGGGGUGGACUUUAAAAUUUAUGAGUGCUAUCCUGUCCCUGUCUUCAUUCCCAUCCCCAUUCUCUUCCGAAGCUAUUGCAAAGUCCUCAGCAGCGACCAAGACCAUGGCGACAUCGACCAAAGGCAGGGUGAAGUCUCCGAUAACAGCAGGAGCAUUAGCAACCUCAACCAUAACCACAACUAUGACAACAACUGUCUUAAAACUAACCAGACCUCCUGCAAAGAAACGCCCAGCGGCAAGGCCAAGACGACCAGUCCAUCGACAACUUCAGCAACUGAAUCAUCUACCAAGAAGAAAUGGCGCAGAUUUAUUUCGUUGGCCUUGAAGGCAAACUUCAUCAAGGAUUUACGCGCUGAACAACAACAGAUUCCGAAUUUUCCAGCAUCAUUGGUUUGCAGGAGGCCAAAAUACAACUUCAAACAUGACGACGCCUCUCGCAUACUAAGAAUGCCGACGACAUCCUUGCCAAGGCUCAACAAAUAGGUCUUCAAAACGCAUCAAAGAUCUCCAGGAUUUACCCAAGGAGGAUGGAGGUCAUCAGAACGGUAAUCCAUAUGGGUUUCCGGAAGGAGAUUGACUUGAGUAGGCAAAUGUGCACAUCGGCUAUCGCUUCUGUUAUUUAGGUCGUUAAA